UAUGCUUGUGUGUUUGGGUGUGUUUGCAUGUGUGUAUACGUGUGCAUGGGUGUUUGCUCGCCUUACUUUUUGGACUGAAGUAUUUCCCAAGUAAGUGUCUGUCAGCUUUCAGAGGGAAUCUUGGUAGAAUACACAACACAUUGAGGAUAAUCACUCUCAGUCAAACCUAUGUCACAGCCAAGCCAGGCACCACCCAAACCGGCAGCUCAGGUCUCCACUGUGAAUCCGGCACAGUUUGAGAAAGCAUCAGCAGGAUCCAGCAUGGCUUCAAAGCCUGCGGUGGUUGCCACAGCAACAGGUGGAGCCACAGGGAGUGGUGUUACAGCAGGAGGAAGUGCCACAGUUGGAACAGCAGGGACAGGGUCAUCUAAAGCCAAACCAGAGACUCCGCCUGCCUCCCAAGUCAAAGCCGCGGCUACAGCUCCUUCUAAAGCCUCAGGAACAGCUACCACAGCUGGAACAGCAGCAAUCUCAACUGAAAAAACAGUCAAGAGUGCAACUUCUGCAGCAGCAGUCAAAGCUGACGUGUCCAAAGCCGAUCCCACUAAAACAUCGAAGCCAGCUGCUGCAGCUUUGGCUGGAAAUGUAUCUGUGCAAGAAAACAAAGGAGAUUCUAAAACAACACAAGCAAAGGUCCAGGUGGAAGUUCCUCCCUCAGCAGCCAAAGAGGCACCUGCUGUGGAUCCGCUUGACGCCCUAGCCAGCAUACUACCAUCAUCAGAUCCUGUCACUCCCUCACAGCCUGCUUACACUGGGCCAGAAGUCAUAGAGCAUGGCAUCACCUCUGAGAAGGCUCAGAAGUGUGGAGAAAGAGACGACACGUUGCCUCCUGGCUACAGAUUUAAAGAUAUGACUCCAGUCCCUGCAGAGGUCAAACCUAAGGAUGUGCCUAAACCAAUGAGUACAGAUGAGGCACUGCAUUCCCUCUCAGCUGGCUUCACAACGUCCACUGUUCCACCUGAACCCAAGAAGCAAGAGAAAGGUGUAACUCCUGCAGCAGUUCCUCCUGUGGCUGUGUGUCCUGCUCCUCCUGCUGAUACAAAAGCUAAGAUGAAGAAAGCCUCAGACGAUAUCUCACAUGAGGCUGGACUCUCCGUGAAAACAGUCCCUGCUGUUGCUGUGUGUCCUGCUCCUCCUGCUGAUAAGAAAGCAAAGAUGGAUAAAACUGCUGCUGAUGUCUCACUAAAGGCUGGACUGGACACCAAGGUAGACACUAAACCCAAGGCUGACAAGAGUGGCUCCAUGUCUCUGGAUGCUCUCAGUGCCCUUGGCGACACACUGCCCACAGAUCAACCGAAACCAGAAUCCCCCAAACUCAAACCUAAGGACUUUGUCUCGGAGGACAAGCUGAAGAAGGAGAAGGGUGUGCGUGUAGGAGAGAGGGAGGACACUCUUCCUCCAGGUUACAGGUUUAACAAGGAAGAGCUCAAAAACCUGCCUGCUCCAAAACCAGAACCCACCAUGGGAACUGGUGAGGCUCUGGAUAUCUUAUCUGGAGACUUCAUGACUUCGUCAGCAGCUCCUUCUGUCCAGGCUCCCAUGGUCUCUUCAUCAGCAGCUCCUGCACAGAAAGCUGCGGCUCCUCCUGCUGAUAAGAAAGCCAAGAUGGAGGCUGGUCUGUCUGCUACUGUUUCCAAGAAAGUGGAAUCAUCUGCAGUUCCUCCUGCUGAUAAGAAAGCCAAAGCAGAAAAAACUGCUGCUGAUGCCAAGACUGAUCAGGGUGGUUCCAUGCCUCUAGAUGCUCUCAGUGCUCUUGGUGACUCACUGGCAGCAGAUGAACCAAAACCUGAACCUCCCAAACUCAAACCUGAAGACAUUGUCUCAGAGGACAAGCUGAAGAAGGAGAAGGGUGUGCGUGUAGGAGAGAGGGAGGACACUCUUCCUCCAGGUUACAGGUUUAACAAGGAGGAGAUAAAAACACUGCCUGCUCCAAAACCAGAGCCCACCAUGGGAACUGAUGAGGCUAUGGACAUUUUGUCUGGAGACUUCAUGACCUCGUCUACAGCUCCUGCAGUCCAGGCUCCUGUUGUUGCCCCCACAGCUCCUCCUGCACAGGUAAAGGUGGAUGAUUUGUCAGCGCUGGAUGUCCUCUCCGGAGAGUUUGUGGCUUCAUCUAAAGCUGCUGGAGUUCAGGCACCUGUUCCUCCUCCUGCCAAGAAGGCACCAGAGGGUGGCUCCUUGCCUCUGGAUGCUCUCAGUGCUCUUGGUGACACGUUAGCAGCAGAUGAACCGAAACCUGAAUCACCAAAACUCAGACCUGAAGAUAUUGUCUCUGAGGACAAACUCAAGGAGGAGAAGGGUGUGCGUGUAGGAGAGAGGGAGGACACUCUUCCUCCAAACUAUAGGUUCAAUGAGAAGGAGCUCAAAAAACUGCCUGCUCCAAAACCCGAGCCCACCAUGGGAACUGGUGAGGCUCUGGACAUUUUGUCUGGAGACUUCAUGACUUCAUCAGCAGCUCCUGCUGUCCAGGCUCCUGUUGUGCCUCCAUCAGCUCUUCCCACACAGCCAUCUGGCUUGACUUUGGAUGCCAAGUCAAGAGGAGAUAUUGUUGCCUCAACUGCUGCUCCAGGAGUGAAAUCGUCACCUUGUCCUCCAGCUGAAUCUGGCCAGCUGGCAGCUGAAGCAGACAAUGCCCUCGAUGCUCUGUCACACACACUGAAGGAUAUCACACCUGCUCCUCAGCCUGCCCCAGUUCCUGCUAAAGACAUUGUCAAGGAGAAAAAGGCUGUGGAAGAGAAGGCGAUAAAAAUGGGCGAAAGAGAUGACACCCUGCCACCAGAUUACCAACCCACUGAGAAAGUCCUGAAGAAAAUGGCAGAAGAUGAAAAAAAAUCAGAUGCAACAUCCAAAAAGGACCCUGUGGAUGAUACAGAAGCCUUGGACCUUCUGUCCAGUGACUUUUCUGCAGCUCCCAAGCCUCCUGCACCGGUCACUAAAUCCACAACAAAGCUGGAACCUCCUGUGUUGGACUCAGAGCCCCUGAAGCCAAUGGCCGGUCCUGUUCUGGACUCCCUGUCUGGUACACUGCUCCCUGACCCCAUCAAGUCUAAAUCUAAAACAGACAAGCCAAAGGGCAAAAGCAAGUUGAAGUCAAGGUCUAAAACACAACAUGCAGCUGAGCCCCACGCCACUGACCUGCUAUCAGCUCAGCUAAGCUCUGACGUUGUGCCAAAAUCUACAGCUAAGGGAGGCAAGAGCUAGUUCACCUGGUCGUGGGUGUAACUCAUCCUCCAGGCGACAGGGAUGCAUCAGUGAGGGAGCUGCUCUUUGGAUAAUAAUUCUAUUUUUCUAAAUCAAGAAUGUAUGCUGAAUGACCCACAGACCCAAACAAAAUCCACAGCACUAGCCCAACACACACACAUCAACUUAUCUGCGAGUGCCGCCUUUCUUGCAAGGCUGUACAUUCAAAGAUGAGAAGCUUUCAGUUUCUGUCUUUGGAGAAAAUGAACGGAAACUUUUCACAACAGGAUGGCUGUAAAGAACAAGCAAAGAUACAAAAAGAAGGAGAGAAGGGAAACUAUGGGGAAACAGAGGAGUUUAAAACAGAAAAAAAACUUCAUGCAUUUACAUCUCAGCUGACAUUCUCCAGUGACACAUUAAUAUCGCAACACAGUAGUUACGUAAGGCAGGUAGUGUUGUGAUGUUGGUUGGUUCAGUGAUGGCUGUCAGCUUGUGUGGGAGCAGUACAGAGUAGGUGUAUUGUAUCGGGAUGUUUGUGCAAUCAUGGUAUAGACAGAAAAGUCAAAUUUAUUAUCAUGCUGUGGUCGGAUGCCAAUUUAAAACACUAGUGUACAGCUUAGUCUGCAUAUAUUUUGAACGAUGCAUAGUUUACAUUAUCAGUAAAGUGGAGGAUUUCCAGGAGGUGUUCUGCUUUUUUUUUUUUUUUUUCUGUAGUGGAGAACUUUUUGCAAAUGCUUCUUUAUUUCUGUGGGGGAUUCUAUGUCCAGAGAUGGCUGCUUUUAUCUAUUUGGCCUUUCAGGAAAAAGAAAUCAUUACAUUCAGAAGUGCACUUAGUAAACUAAGGUGUUUACAAGCUUCACAAACUGUUGUUUGUAUACUGUAAAAGAGAUUCGCUCUAUUAAAGACAACACUGUAUAAUUUACAAAGAUUUCGACUGGGGUCAAAAGUCCCAAACGCAAAGGUUUUCAGUGGAAUGGACUUUGAUGUUGGGAAAUUAAAACAGAAAUAAAGAAAAUGUAAAAAUUAGAACCAAUAGGUCUGGUGUCAUUUGUGCCUAAAAGAUAAAUCUCAUA